UGCUCUAUCUGGGGAUGAGAGCUUCUUGUGGACUGCACCUGAGGAUCAGAACCUCCCAGAGGCUUCAGCUGAUGAGGGUCUGACCAGAAGUUGGUGGCCCGGCAUUGCUAACGUUCUACGGAAAGUAGCUUGGUGUGCUGGCUUCGCCGCUGUGGGUGUAGCGGCCUAUAGUGUGUGGCAGCAUACAAGCGUAUAAUGACUCCUGUCUACAGACACAGGGUGAUCACCUCAUGCGACAUGAGGUGUGGCGCCGUCACCUCGUGCGACGUGAGGUGUGGCGAUGUGACCUUGUGCGACGUGAGGUGUGGCGCCGUUACCUCGUGCGACGUGAGGUGUGGCGCCGUCACCUCGUGCGACGUGAGGUUUGGCGACGUGACCUCGUGCGACGUGAGGUGUGGCGCCGUCACCUCGUGCGACGUGAGGUGUGGCGACGUGACCUCUUGCGACGUGAGGUGUGGCGCCGUCACCUCGUGCGACGUGAGGUGUGGCGAUGUGACCUUGUGCGACGUGAGGUGUGGCGCCGUUACCUCGUGCGACGUGAGGUGUGGCGCCGUCACCUCGUGCGACGUGAGGUUUGGCGACGUGACCUCGUGCGACGUGAGGUGUGGCGCCGUUACCUCGUGCGACGUGAGGUGUGGCGCCGUCACCUCGUGCGACGUGAGGUUUGGCGACGUGACCUCGUGCGACGUGAGGUGUGCCGCCGUCACCUCGUGCGACGUGAGGUGUGGCGCCUUCACCUCGUGCCCUAACCUCGUGCGACGUGAGGUGUGGCGCCGUCACCUCCUGCGACGUGAGGUGUGGCGCCGUCACCUCCUGCGACGUGAGGUGUGUCACCGUGACCUCGUGCGACGUGAGGUGUAGCACAGUCACUUCAUGCGAUAUGAGGUGUGUCCCCGUGACCUCAUGUGAUAUGAAGUGUAGCACCGUCAACUCGUGCGAUAUGAGGUGUGUCCCUGUGACCUCAUGCGAUAUGAAGUGUAGCACCGUCACCUCAUGCGAUAUGAGGUGUAGAGUUAGCAUGUUCUCUUCGUGUCAGUGGGGUUUUUCUCCAGGUGUUCUGGUUUCCUCCGACGGUCCAAAGACAUGCCUCAUGACCUCUCGCAUAACGUGAGCUGUGAAGGCUCAAAUUCAGUGAGAGGUAUUCAGAAAACACAUUCUGAAAAAUAAAAAAACUAUUAAUAAAAUAAAAUAAAAAAAUAAUAAUAAUUUUGAGGGGGAAUUUAAUCUGCAAAAUGAAAUAAGAAUUAAAUAAGGAAAACUGAGUAUCAUGAUAAUGAGAAAAAUAAAAAAUGAAAAACAAAAUGAACACUUUA